AUGGCGCCGGAGCGCAGGAAGAAGGACAAGUCUGACCGGAAGGAAAAGAAAGCCGCAGAAGUGACGGUGCCGAAACCCCAGAAGAAGGAAAAGGGCAAGCAGAAGAAGGAGAAGGAAACCCCAGCAACGAUGCCGGAAUCUCAACAGGAAGAUAAAGCCCUCAUCCCAGCCCCCAGCACACAAGACGCCGACGCCGACGCCGCCACCGCCGUAGUCGCCGCCACCCCGGCGGGCGGCCAGCCGGGCGUGAUCUACAUCGGCGGGAUCGUGUACGGCUUCUUCGAGCACCAGCUGCGUGAGUACCUGUCGCAGUUCUCGCGGGUGACGCGGCUGCGGCUGAGCCGCAACCCGCGCACGGGCGCGAGCCGGCACUACGCGUUCGCCGAGUUCGCCGACGCGGGCGCCGCUGAGGUCGUGGCCCGCGCCAUGGACGGGUACCUGCUCAUGGGCAACAUCCUGCGGUGCCGCGUCGUCGACCCGGCCGCCGUCCACCCGGACGUCUGGAAGGGCGCCAACAGGCGGUUCAAGCGCGUGCCCUGGGCCAAGAUGGCGGGCAGGCGCCUCGAGAGGGCGGCCACCGAGUCGGCUUGGCUGAGGAGGGCGGCUAAGGAGGAGAGGAGGAGGGCGGCGAGGGCGGAUAAGCUGAAGGAGAUUGGGUAUGAGUUUGAUGGGCCCGCGCUCAAGGCUGCGGAGGCGGUUGCGGCGGUGGAGGGGGCGGAGGCUGUCGGGGCGAUCGAGGCGGCACCUGCUGGUGGGGAGGAGUAA